AUGGCCGAUAAUCAAGAUGACACUAUAGAGUGCCUCACACCUGUCGUUGAACUCAGCCUUCCUUCUGCAGAUGAGAGUGCGGAUGUUUAUGAUAUUGAUAGUGAAAAACGCAGUUCAUAUGAGUCAGCCGGUGCUGUAGUAUUUCGGAGAAGACAUCGUGCCGGAAUUCGCAUAGAAGUUAAGAAUGAGGACCCUAAGCCAAAAGAAAUACUCUCGCUUCUAGUCAAAUAUAAAAACGAACAGUGUUCAAUGAACGUCAAUGUGGAGCCUGAGUGGAGAUUAGCUCGUGUUAGAAUCGCACUUGCUCCUCCUUGCUAA